AUGAGUUAUUUAACAGUUUUUUUCCUAUGUUUGUUAACCCUAACUUGUGCAAACUAUACAAGUUUGAAUAUUUUAAAAAAAGUUUACAAUCAAUGUUCACACAAAAUGGAUAUUUUCAAGUGUCUGAAAAUCCUAGGAUUGAAAGUAAUAGAUCGAGCCCUUCAUUCCAAAGCUCUUAAUGUUAUUGACGGUGUGACUUUAGUGAGUGAUGAACAAACCCUCAGUAAACCUCUAAUCGAAUCUAAAUUAGAACAACUCAAAUCGGAGGAAUUGGACGACUUGUUACUAAACACAACACGACGAUUUUUGGGUAGUCACAAAUUUGAAAUUAAACUUCCAAAAUUAUUGGAAGAAGGUCGAAAGAAAGGAAACAAAGGAGGAAGUGGUGGUGCUUUAUUAGGAGCAUUAGCAAUUAAAGGAACUUUCUUGGCGAUGGCUUAUCAAGGAAUUGCAGUCAUGUCUGGAACCGCAAUUAUUAUAGGCAAAAUGGCCCUGAUACUGAGUGCAAUUUUGGGAUUGAAAAAAUUGGUUAGCAGUGGCCAAGAAAAGACGACUUUGGAAAUUGUCAAAAUACCCAAACAUUCUGAAGUUCACACUCAUUCAACUUCAUACGAAGAGGACGACCAUUACCACAGGUCGUAUGAUGUGUUCGGUCGUAGAAUUGAGUAUCCUAAAAAAACACUACAAAUAUUUUAAUAUAGCGAUAAAUUAAUUUAUUAUAAUUUAUGUAUGUAUGUAAUUAUUGGUCAGUAAAGAAUGUUGAAUUAAACCUGGUUUUAUGAGUAGUUUGUUAGAUUUAGUAAGAGUGAAGUUAAGUAGGUGUUAAACUGGCAAUCACUUGUGUUUUUUCACACUAGUACACAAAAUGAAAACAAUUAGCUAAUUUAUGGCUACUUUUACUAAUAACUUGAAAAAAAUAUACUUUAUUACUUAUUUUAAGGGAAUUUUACGUGCUAUUAACACCUCUCGAAUAAGAUCUUGAUAUUGCAGUUAUGAGAAGAAUGUUCCACUUAUUUUUGACAAUGUGAAAUAAAGAUAUUUAUAUAUGAAGACUUGACUUGACAUAACAUUUAUACAUAUUUGAUCAAUUGGUAAAUUACUAAAGGAGAAAAGUUGCAUCUAGCAUCUAAAAUAAGGUUGAUCUUGACCGAUGUUGUUCACUAGGUCGACCAAUUUCUCACCAACUUCUUCAA